AUGACCUUGUUUUUCAUCUUCACAGUCAAGGAUUUGGUUGAGAUACACGAAAAUGUUGGAAUUGGAAAGAAGGAAAGGAAGACCCUUAAUAGGUAUCAUUAUGGUGACAUGUUUGUGUAUUUGGAAAAGAAAAGGAAACCAACGGCUGUUGCCAUGGAGAAUGUGAAAGUAAAAGAAAAAGGAGACGAUCAACCUCCAAAACGGAUCAGAACCCAAAAAUCAGAAGAAGGAGAAGAAGAGGAAGAAGAUCGAAUAAGUGCCUUACCUGAUUGUUUAAUCAUUGACAUCCUUUCUCGUUUAGACAACACAAAAGAGGCCAUACAAACAGGUACUCUUUCCAAACGUUGGCAACAUGUUUGGCCUUCUGUUCCUUGUCUUAUUUUUGAAGAUUUUGAUUUUAUAAGAUACAAACGGUUACCCGAUUUCUAUCUUGCUGUUGAUAAAACCCUAACCCAAUGCCAAUCAAACAAUCUCGAUAAAUUCGAAGUCUUUGCCACUUAUGAUAAAAGAUUUAAAUCCAAUGUCAGCAGUUGGAUUCAUUUUGUUACUAGUCGUAACGUCCAACACCUUGACAUUUUUUUAGUGUAUGAGGGUUAUCCAAAAGAUCCAUUUGUCUUGAGAGAUGACUCGUUUUUCGUCAAUUCCCAUUUUACCCGUCUUGAUUUAGGAGGCUGCUUAUUUAGUCCUGUGAAGCCCAUUAGUUGGAAUAACCUUACCCACUUAACUAUUUCAAAUGUGGAAAUAUACCAAGAUUCGAUUGCAAAGAUACUAUCCGGGAGUCCGUUAUUGGACACUUUGAUGUUGAACUUUUGUUAUGGUUAUUCGUUCCUCGAUAUUACUUCCAAGAGUGUUAAAAGCUUCCAAGUAUCAGGGUACGAAGUUUUUGACGAAAAAGUUGUGGUGGAAAUCAAUGCUCCUUAUAUUUCAUCACUAAAAAUCACGACUGAUUUGUACUUGUGGAAGAUUUUGUUGCGAGAUGUGUCUUCUUUAGUCAAAGCUGACUUAGAUUAUCACAUGUGGAAAAAUGAUGGGAAACCUGCUCGUAAAAAAUAUCAAGAUGAGAUGCUUAAUACCCUUAUACUAAACCUUCGCCACGUCAAAGAGCUUAACAUUGGGAUUCCCUGUUAUGAGGCUCUCGCUCGUUUGGAAGUUAAAGGUUUCAUUUUUCCAUCGAACUUGAAGGGUGUGGAUACAACUUCACAUUUAUACAGUUUAUCUCAUUCAAAGGCGCUAGUUGAUUGCCAUGAUAGUGGCUCAUCUGAUAGCGAUGCAUAUGAUAGUGAUGCAUCUGAUAGCGAUGCAUAUGAUAGUGACUCAGUUGAAAGUGGAGAUUCAGAGGAACCCCUGCUUGAAGAGGUUAAUUGAUUGAUGGCACUUUGCAUUCUUGUUUAAACUUGAAAUGGAGCUUUGAAUUUUUGUUACUCCCCAAUUUCGUUUAGGAAAUUAUAAAUUAUGAACUUGGUUGAAAUUUUUCUGUUAUGUUCUCGUGUGAUUCUGUAUAUCAGCUUUUAGUUAUCAAAUUCCACUUCCAUAACCUGGUCAUGGAUG